AUGGUGAAGGCACGUUUGGUAGGUAUUGGAAUGGACUAUUCACCCACCAGCAAAUCAGCACUGACUUGGGCAAUCAAUAAUCUGAUUGAAGAGGGUGAUCAAAUCGUCGUCGUCCAUGUUGUUUCUCCUAAGGCUGAUCCAACCAAUAAGCAACUGUUCGAAGACACAGGAUCACCAUUGAUCCCUCUGGAAGAAUUCAGAGAGAUUAAUGUUUCCAAGCACUAUGGGCUCACCCCUGAUCCUGAGGUUCUUGAUAUGCUUGAUACAGUGUCCAGGACCAAAAGGGUUAAGGUGGUGGCCAAGGUGUAUUGGGGAGAUCCGAGGGAGAAGUUGAUCGAUGCAGUGGAGCAACUCAAGCUUGAUUCACUUGUUGUUGGAAGUAGAGGCUUAGGAGUGCUUAAGAGGGUGUUGCUUGGAAGUGUGAGCAACUACGUGGUCCAUAAUGCGCCGUGUCCAGUGACGGUUGUGAAGGGGGCACCGCCUACAAGGCCUUAA